AUAAUGUCUCAUCACAUUUUCAUAACCAGCCUAAUACCAAUCAAACACAUGAGUCAAAUGAAUCAAAUUCUGAAGAUGCAUCUAAUAAUUCAAAACUUGAAGUAACAACUGUUUCACGUGGGAAUCGUCGAGGUCAAGGUUGGUUAAGAUUAACUCGAACAAAUCAGAGUGCAAAUAAUAGUCAUAGUAAUUGUAGUAAUCAUAGUAAACAUGGUAAACAUAGUACUGGUGGGAGUAAGGGUCAUUACGGUAGUGGUUAUGGUCAACCACGUAUCAUUUUUGAUUAUUCAAACUCUUGGGAUGCCGUUAAAGACCAAGUAAUUGUCAAUUGCUGGAGGAAGACUGGAAUUCUAUCAUCAGUCUCUUGUGAAGAAAUAGAAGUCGCUACUAAUAAUCCAGAUCCAGAAAUUAGAAGCCAAUUAAAUACUUAUUUAGACCUCAAAAUUAUUGAAAUUGUUUUAGAUGAAGCAAAUCAACACAAAAAUGGAGAUCCUGAUGACUUAGACGAUGAACAAUCAGAAAAUCCAAUUUCAGAAGGGCUAAUGGGUUUAAAUAAAUUUAUUAGCUUUUUUGAACAACAAAUUGAUACAGAUUUUGUAGCUGAAGACCUUAUAAUUUUUUAA